AUGUCCCACCAUGGGGCUUCCUCUUCGAUAGCUCCUCAACGCAGGACAUCUCUCUUUAUUCUGCCCCGGCCCAAGACUGCCUACGAGGGUUCGACAGAAGUCGAGGAAUCUCUCCGAAGGCCUGCGACGCGCAUGUCCCUGAUGAUGGCCUCGGCUGCUCAUGAUGUUUUGGACUGGGGCUCUUUCAAUCGGAAUCAAGAACAAACUGGAGAAGGAAACAAUAGCCCCGAGUUCGUUGACCCCUUCUCGAAGUUCUCGGGCGAACCCCAGAUGCUUGAGCCUUCCCGCCCACGACGAUACUCGACCUUCACACGGUCUGUAAAGCAUAGCAUCUCUGAGAUUCGUUCUCUCACCAGACGGAUGUCGCUCACUGUCAGGGGCAAGAGCUCUAAGCAAAAGGAGGAGUCGGGAGAGAAUGAGAGGCCACAAAUAUUGCCAUUGAAGCCAUGCGGAGAGAUGAUGGAUUUGACCGAGGCCAUGUCCACCGGACCAAAGUCCCGCGGACGGUUAUUGCGAUAUCCUAGUGCCCGGAGGAGACCAUCUCUGCCACUGCUUCAGUUCCAUACUCCUCCCGAGGUGCAGGCAGACGUGGAUCAUCCAAUAUCUGCACGGUUCCGCGGACACCCCGUCCUGUCGGACCUAGUGUACGGCGGAGCAGAAGCCCGUGCCUCAGCUGCGGCUCAGAAUGAAUUGUUCCAUGCUACGAGAACGCCACCUCUCCCGCCCUAUGAACCUCCAGAAUCGGAGAUUGACAAACUUGAGCCGGAUGCGGAGAGCGGGAUCGGGAUCGUGCUAGACACGCGUGUUCGGCGUGGUUCUUCGCCGGCAAAUGUACAUGUCAUUUGUCGAGACCCGGCGUCAGUUCUUGCAACAGAAUUGGUGGAGUCGAUCCUCUCUUUCCUUGACGUGGAGUCGCUCAUUCGGGCUUCCCUCGUCUCCCACAAAUGGCACGAUCUCUGCCAGUCGCAGGCUGUCUGGAGGAGAAUCUUUUUGCAAGAGUAUGGGCCCAACAACGAGUCGCCAGGUGCCGGCGUGCAUCUUGCUGGGCUCGGUAAAAACAAACCUGGGCAAGAUUAUCGGAAACUCUUCGAGGUACGGACUCUGAUCGACAAGCGCUGGCGCAACGGCGAAGCUGCUGCAAUAUAUUUGAACGGCCACAAAGACAGCGUCUAUUGCGCUCAAUUCGACGAACAGAAGAUCAUCACGGGCUCGCGCGACAACACAAUUCGUGUGUGGGACGCUCAUACCUACCAAUGCAUUCGCAAACUGGGGCCUCCAAACAAUCCCCGCGAAAGACAGUCGGUCCAGAUUCCCCUUGUAGAACCGGAAGGAGUUAUUCCGUUCUUCAAGGCCUAUGUUUCAUCACCGGCGCCACCCUCUCCGGAGAUUCCCCUGUAUCACCAGGCGUCAGUUCUAUGCCUGCAGUACGACGAUGAGAUUCUCGUGACAGGAUCUUCGGAUUUCUCCUGCCUGGUGUGGUCGAUCAAGGAGGACUAUAAGCCGCUAUUCCGGUUAAUUGGCCAUCAUGCUGGGGUUCUCGAUGUCUGCAUCGACAAGGAGCGGAUCGUGACCUGCUCCAAGGACACAACGAUCAAGAUCUGGGAGCGAUCUACAGGCAAACUUGUCAAGACGCUCCUGGGACAUCGUGGUCCCGUCAAUGCAGUCCAAGUUCGAGGGAAUUUCUUGGCCAGUGCUAGCGGCGACGGCAUGUCCAAAUUGUGGCGUCUGGAGGACGGGGUUUGCAUCAAGGAGUUCCAGUCCAAAGAUCGUGGCCUCGCUUGCGUUGAGUUCUCGGAGAAUGGUCGAACAAUCUUCGCGGGCGGCAAUGACCGGGUCAUCUAUGAGUACGACACGGUCACGGGGCAACGGAUCCGCGAGCUGAAAGGGCACAAAGACCUGGUGCGAUCACUUCAUCUCGAUUCAGCGAAUUCACGCAUCAUCAGCGGCAGCUACGACCAUUCAAUCAAGGUGUGGGACGCGGAAAAGGGAGAGUCCGCCGAGGAUGGCGGGCUCAAGAUCAAUUUUGAAGGGUGGUCAUCCAGUUGGAUACUGGCUGCAAAAAGCAACUACCGCAAGAUUGUCUGCACUAGCCAAGAUGCGAGGGUGGUUAUCAUUGACUUUGGUUAUGGCAUUGACGGAGUGGAAUUAGUCGAGUCGUGA